AUCAUCUCAAGAGCCUGGAGAGGUAUCUCUAACCAUACCUCCGGAAAAUCCUCCACAUCAAAUGGAAAGAUUGUUGCACAAAUGGUAGAGAAACCAGUGUUAACAGCAUUGAGGUGGUGAUCUUCAAGCACCAACUUCAUAGGGCUGGACAAUGUAUGUGGAUGCCUGACUCUUUGACUCUGAAAACAAGUGCUCUGCUCCCAGCUUUGUAAUAUUUUCUCUGGGCAUCAUGAGAUCUCAGGCCAUUACUAAGACACAAGACAUACCUAAGAAAAUUGAUGCUGACAUAAAGAGUUGUGAGGAGCUGGCUGUUGACCAACUCCUGUGGUACCACAACCUUAACCAAGUAGCCGCCUGUUUUGAGGCUAAACAUAUUAUUGGCUGGUAUGAACCCAUUCUAUUUCCAUGCAGUGAAUGUAAUUUUACACUGUCUAGUGACUGUUGUGCUGAUGUAUACUUGUGACAAAGCUGUAUUCAAGGACUGUCGACUUGCCUUUGUCACAGCUCUGUUCUUUGCUGUGCAUCCCAUUCACACAGAAGCUGUAACCGGUAUUGUAGGCAGAGCAGAUGUCUUAGCCUGUCUACUAUUUCUGUUGGCUUUUCUCUCCUAUAAUAGGAGUGUGGAUCAGCUUUAUGUUGGGGAACAUUUCCCUCCCACUGCCUCUCCCUUCUUCCUGCUGCUUAGUUUGUUUCUUGGGACCUGUGCAAUGCUGGUAAAAGAAACUGGAAUCACUGUGUUUGGUGUGUGCUUAGUCUAUGACUUCUUUUCCCUCUCCUGCAGUGGUCUCAAACUGAGGAAUGGAAGGGCCCAUCAGAGAUUCGCAUGGCAGCCUGUGGCUUCUUCAUCAGCUUCGCUGCAGAUUCCUCCGUCCAGCAGGGAAAAUGGAAAGCACCGCUUUGCUCAGAAAGGGACCUGGAAUUCAUGCCACCCCACAUCACCUGAAGAGCAACGGAGUAGCAGCCUUUCAGUCUCAAACAAAGCCAUGCAGGCUAUUCUUAGCUACCUGACUGCAAAUCACAACCAGAAUUUCUUGUAUACUGCACGACCCUUUUUAAAGAGAGCUGCUUUGGUUAUAAGCUAUGUGCUUCUUGUUUUGUAUUUCCGUCUCUGGAUAAUGGGAGGGUCCAUGCCGAUGUUCUCAGAACAGGACAAUCCAGCUUCAUUUUCACCUUACUUACUAACAAGAUUUCUAACUUAUUCCUACCUUCUGGCCUUCAAUGCUUGGCUUCUGCUGGCACCAAUUACUUUGUGCUACGAUUGGCAGGUCGGGAGUAUUCCUUUGAUUGAGUCAAUAUGGGAUGCAAGGAAUUUAGCCACAAUUCUCCUGGUGGUGGUUAUGAUGUUACUUAGUCUACAUUGCAUAACAGCAUUCAAGAGACUGGAGCACAGAGAAGUUUUGGUUGGCCUGUUGUUCCUGGUUUUCCCAUUUAUUCCAGCCAGCAACCUAUUCUUCAGGGUGGGCUUUGUGGUGGCAGAACGAGUCCUGUACAUGCCUAGCAUGGGGUACUGUAUCCUUUUUGUUCAUGGUUUUAAAAAGCUCUGUACAUGGUUAAAUAAAUGUGGUGUUACUGCCACAACCCUCUCCGCUUUGCUGCUCCUGCUGCUCUUCUCUUGGAAAACUGUGAAACAGAAUGAAAUCUGGUUAUCAAGAGAAUCCCUUUUCAGUUCAGGAGUGAAGACUCUGCCCCAUAAUGCUAAGGUGCAUUACAACUAUGCCAAUUUUCUGAAAGACCAGGGUCGUCACAAUGAAGCCAUCUACCACUAUAAAACUGCCCUCAAACUAUACCCUUGCCAUGCAAGUGCCCUGAAUAACCUUGGGACAUUGACCAAAGACCUGGUGGAGGCCAAGGAAUAUUACAGAAGGGCUCUUAAGUUAAACCCACAACAUAAUCGAGCUCUCUUCAAUCUUGGAAACCUGAUCAAGUCCCAAGGGAAGAAGGAGGAAGCUAUAACCUUAUUGAGGGAUUCCAUUAAAUAUGGUCCAGAGUUUGCAGAUGCUUACUCAAGCCUGGCUUCACUGCUGGCUGAACAGGAACGAUUUAAAGAAGCGGAAGAGGUUUACAAGGCUGGGAUAGAAAACUGUCCAGAAAGCUCAGACCUGCAUAACAACUAUGGUGUUUUCUUAGUUGAUACUGGGGCUCCUGAGAGAGCAGUGUCCCACUACCAGCAGGCCAUCCAGCUCGGCCCAAAUCAUCACGUUGCCAUGGUAAACCUGGGCCGACUCUACCGCUCUUUGGGGCAGAACAAAGAGGCUGAAGCGUGGUACAAACGAGCUUUGAAAGUCUCACGGAAAGCUGAAACCCUGUCCCCACUUGGAGCGCUGUACUACAACACAGGGCGAUACGAGGAAGCAUUACAAGUCUACAGGGAAGCUGCAGUGCUGCAGCCUUCAAACAAGGAGAUUCGACUGGCACUGGCCCAGGUUUUGGCAAUGAUGGGGCGAACAAAGGAGGCUGAAAAGAUGACAAACCACAUUGUGACAGAAGAUGCUGAGUGCCUGGAGUGCUAUCGCCUUUUAUCAGCCAUCUAUAGCAAGCAGGAGAAUUAUGCCAAGGCAUUAGAAGCUAUUGAUAAAGCUCUUCAGCUGAAACCAAAGGAUCCAAAAGUCAUAUCAGAGCUCUUUUUUACUAAAGGAAAUCAGCUAAGAGAACAGAACCUUCUGGAAAAAGCUUUUGAGAGCUAUAAACUGGCUGUAGAGCUGAAUCCAGAUCAAGCCCAGGCCUGGAUGAACAUGGGAGGCAUUGAGCAUAUCAAGGGGAAUUAUGUCACUGCACGUGGCUAUUAUAAGAAAGCUUUAGAGUUGGUUCCAAACAGCAAGUUGCUGAAGGAGAAUCUGGCCAAACUGGAUCGCUUAGAGAAACGGUUACAGGAAGUCCGGGGAAAGGACCACACGUAGAACUGUGAUAAUGGUAGGAGGAACUUCAUAUCCCCUGAAGAUAGGAGCAUGGUGGAAGCCCGCUGGCAUAUGUGACACUGAAAGAGCUCAAAUGUGACUCAGAAUGAAGGAGGAUGAAUUUCAGGUGCACGUCUGUUCAUCACCAAAGUUUCUGCAGGGUGUGCUGAAGAAUGGAGUGAAAACCCUGCUUCAAUCAAGAUUCAUGUUUGGGUUGUACUCCUUUCACUAUGAUUUGUGGUCUAGUUGGGAAACUUGCUGAUUGCUUUCCAAACUAGGCAGACUGUAUAGGGGCAAAACUCUCAUCCACUGUGGCAGGAAUAGAGUGUUGCCUCUUGAUACUCAACACUGAUGUAUCUAGUCCACUUAGAGUACUACUGAUGGGCUCCAGUGCAUGUCCCACAAGUUUUUCUAAGUCAGGAAGAUGGUAACAGUAAUCACCAGAGGCCCUCAGAGGUAAUUUAGGAAUCCAACUCGGAGAAAAUAGUGUUCAUUUUUAAGGCUCCAGUAGUGGCUUUAAAAUGACCCCAAGAAAAGGGAGAACUAUGUCUGGACAUAAUUCUGUCUAGGAAUGCUGAUCCUAUGGCUUGUACAGCAAGUCCUUUGAGGAAAAACCUCAGCUGAAUAUUUUUCUCAUAAAAUAAUCUUUUUGUAACAAGAUUCAUUAUAUUACAAUACUGUCAAAUAUCUGAAGGCUUUUUCACCCCAGUCAGAAUAGUUUUCUAUGAAAAAAUUGAAACCAUUCAAAGAAAAUAAUAUAAAGUUUUAAAAUGGCUUUCCCACACCACCUGCCUUGGAGGGAAAAAAAUCCCGGUCAAAACAUUUUAUCAGGUAAAGCACAGAGAUAUUAGGAAAGAUUUAAGUGAUUGGAUUUUUUUUUAAUAGCAUGGGAAUAUGUUUAUCAUGUUGAUUUUUUGCCAAGUUUCCCCCCUUCUGGAUCUUGGAGGUGAGUUAUAUCUGAUCACUCUAAAUCUAUAUAUUUUUAAAUGUGAGUGGGAAGGCAAGUUUACUUCAGAUUUUAAAAAAAAUUCCAAGUACUAUUUAUUUAACUUAUAAAUAAAAAUGCUUAAUAUAUUUUCUCUGUUUGUAAAGUUGGAUGUCAUCCCUUACAACUGGCCACGCAGCAUGUGGUUGUGACUUUCAACAUGGCACCACAAGGUUGUGCUUGAAUAAUUCCCCCUACUGGUAGUUCUAGAGCAAUUGGAUGUAAUCUAUGGUGGACCAAAUUUUCCACAUAACAACAAUGCCAACACUGUUGGCUUCACUCGGGUUGCACUAGUUCAGCUGAGAUGGGAAUUUGAUUGGUUAUCAAUAACUGCAGUAGUUAAGGAAGGUAGAUCGGACAGUGAUUGAGGCCCUGUCCUUUCACUCAGGACAGCAGAUCAUAUCAAAAGUCUAUUUCUCUCAUAUUACCUCCCAUCAGGAAACCAUUGCACAGCACACUGUAUUGCCAGGUCUCUGCUGAAGAGAAGCCCAGGGUUUGGAAUUGAUAGUUAGGUGGGGAUUGCAGUGUAUGUCAGGGAAAGUUUUGUGGCAAUGGCCCAUAGUAUGACUGAUUUUAGAAACUGGCAGUAAUGUAUCAGUAUUGUGGGCUCUAAAGCAUAAUAGGUAAGCACGAUCAUACCAUAGUUUAGCAGUGACUUUAUCUGUUUUAUUUCAGGGUUUUGAUUUCUAAUUGCUGGUUCUUUCGGUGAAGUCAAUGACUCCAAUCAGCAAUCUCUGAAUUAGAGGGGCUUUAUACAAGCACAAGAGUCUGCCCACCUGGAUCUGGUGGCUGGGCUGAGGUAUAACCAUGGAUGAUUCUGUUCACCAGGUAGCUGAUGCUGUAGUUUAAGACGUUACCUUCUGCACCUGGCCAGGUGAAUCUCCAGGGGCUCGGUAAGACCAUGGAGUCAGAAGGGCUAAGCUCUGAGGACACAUUUACACUGUCCCUGUAGUGAUCCCAGGAGCACUCUUGAGAAGCAGGCCCUGCCUGCUCACUCCCACCCAGCAUGGGCUAAAGUCCAGAAUGAGACAGUAUAGCUGGUUUAAAGUGUGCUCAGAGUCGCAUCCAGGCUCUUUAAAAUGUGCCUCUUGGUCAGGGCAGGUUUCUUGAGGCACACUGUCCUCCCCAGAGACAUACAGACAGAUCCUGAGGAGCCUUAUAUUACUCUGCUUCUCCCCCCUCACCAGCCUCACUUCAUAUAAGGCCAAGUAAACUGCAGCCAUGAUUUGCCACUGGCAUUUUCAGGUGGCAGAGCUAUAACAUUUCCCUUCUAUCCUAAAUCCAAACUACCUCCUUUUCUGCUAAAGGACUUAUUGUCUUUUUGGACUUCUAGGGCAUAUCUGCAUGUGCACCCCAUGGCACGGUUGUUACUGCACCAUCGUUUCGUACUUGCUUUAGGAAGUACCAAGUGGUGGUACAGUAACAGCCAACCUGGCAGCGCACUGUUAUUUUUAGCAUCUACAUCGUCAUAGCAACGUGUUACAGCGAUGGGGCAUCAGCAUCACGGUUUGUUCCUGCUAAUGAGCUAUGUCACCAUAGUGCAUUGCUACAGCAAUGUAGCAUCACGUGUAGACGUGCCCCCAGAGUCAGAGCAGUUGCAAUUAUCCUGUCAGUCAGUUUUGGACAAUCCCUUGUACCUACCUGAUGAUGGCUAUACAUGCUGUCAUGCAACUUGGUAGGUCCCUAGUGAAAUCAUUACUUUGAAAUUAUUUGUCUGGGGUAGGUGUAGGGUUUCAGGCUUUCCCAUAGGACAGGGAGGGAGUAACUCAAUGUCCUGAAUUGGAGCUAACAGGGAGAAAAUGAACUUUUAGCUACAAAGUCAAAAUUGGCAUCCCUGGAGGUCAGGCUGUCAAAUCCUGUGGAAAGCUAUGUAGUCAAAACCAGAUCUAAAAUGAUCUCUGUAAAUUGUCAAUUCCUUAGUUGUACAGCAGUGGGAUUAUAACAAAGUUUUCAAGGCCCAGACAGCAUAUGUAUAUUCAAAGAAGCCUAUAGCACUUUAAAUCAUAAGUAAAAGAUGUUUGCCUACGUUUUCCAAAAAUGCGUGAAGGGGGUAUAUACAGCAUCGUUCAGAUAAAGCUCUCACCCUUUUCCCCCACAGAACUUGCACACUUGGCUGUCAGCAAAGCUUCCCUUUAGAAGAGAAACUUCUCAAAGAAGAAUACAGUGAAUAUUAAUCCACUCUACUCCCAUCUAAGCUAAGCAUACAUCAUUUUGAAACUGAGCCUCUGUGUGCUAAUUUUAGAGCAUAGUGCCUCAGUCUUGCAUGGCAUGAUCUUUAUGCGUGUGCAGAGGUUCAGUGAAAUCUGUGGGAUGCAAGACAAGUAGUAAACAUGCCUUGUCUAGAUAACUACAACCCAAGCAUGUGAAGUGUUCAGUGUUAUCAGCUAAUUCUCACCGAGUUUAAAGGGACUGAAGAGCACUCAGUGGCUUACACGGUAGAGCCCUUCAUGGAUGAUGGGCCAGGGUCCUGAUGGACAAGGAUUUCACUGUAUGGUGUCACUGUCAUGUACUCUAACUUUGCUGAUGUAUUGUUUAUAAAGAUGCUAAUAUCAAUGCUGGAAGCAGCUCCCAGAACAGGAAUGUUCAAGCCAUGUUUUCCUGUAACUCACUACUUUGAGACCUAACUGAAGACACUCGAGGCAUGAGAAUAUGUGGGAAUGGAGUGGGUGGGGCACAUGAAGGAAAUCUGUUGGUAAAAGCUGUAUAGCAUAUACAUUUUUCCUCAGAAAAAAGUAAGUUAGAUGAAAAUAAAGAAUAUAUAUUCUCCGUGCCACACAUGUGGUUUUAAAUUGUGGCCAGUGAAGCUAUUUUUUAAAUUUUAGAAAAGUUGUAUUUUUUUAAACAGGAUUAUUGAGGACAAAGACUUUUUGUUUGAACUUUGGUUGAAAGUUUCUAUCAGGUCAGUCAAGGAAGACAAAGGAGGUGUCGUUACCACAAUAGCAUUUGAUUAAGGCUAUGUUGUCCUGUGCAAGUACAUCAAUACAGAACAGCUUUCUGAUGUCUGUCCAAGAUGCAGGAAAAGAUACCAUCCGACCCCUGGCAACAGGAUUCUAGCACUAUCUUUGCAGAAAGGCAGCACAGAAUCACCCCUGUAAUGUAUGGUGGGGAUUUAGCAGUAGGGCAGGUGUGUGCUUGUAGUUGUGCUGUCUCUGCUUGCUUGCUUCAGCCUUAAACUUCAGUUGCCUGCCAACACAUGAGAAACCUGCUGGUAUACACUGGCAACAUAUCAGUAGAGAGUGAGGUUUAAUCCCAUCUGAAAUAAAUCCUAGCCUAUGCACAGCUGUGAAAGGCUGAAUAUAGACUUUCAUGAAGCAAAUUUACAACGGUUUUAGGGACAGGAGAAGAGAACUCAUUUAAAUAAUCCCUCUUCCCCCCCACCUCCAAACAGCACUUUCUGGCCCAAACCAAUGCAAAUAAUAAUAUAAAAACCAGGUAAUAUAAACUGAUCAAUUAUUCCCCAAGCUUUCCAGAGCCCCAAACUAGCAAAGCAUGUGUACAGCUUUAAGUGCACAAAUAGUCUCUUUGGCUUCAAUACUAAAAUGCUUGGCUGGAUUAAGGCUUGAAUCUUAUGAAGUGUUUACUAGAGGUGAGGAUGAACAAUGGUGUGUUGUUUGCAAUAGGUUGUCUCACCCAAAAGGAAUUUUUUCUGUGAAGAUAAGUAGAUUAAGUUAACUUGUGUGCAAAUGGAUGUUAUUCUCAUUAAUUAUAGGAAACAGCUGCUCUUUCUGGUUUUAUACAGCUCCUAAAAGAACAAAACUAUAAAUACUUUGGUUUCUGCCUAUGAAAGUACUCAGCAUGCUUAGCACAUUAUGAAUGCAUAUUUUGCUGAAAACCAUAGUAGGUGGUGGCUCGCUCUUCCAUGUAUGAAGUGGCAUUGUCUAAUCCUCUAUACCUGUAUAGUGGCAUAUCAGCCCAGUGAAGUAACCCAGACUUUUAUAUACUAUUUAUGCAUUUCAAUCUUAAAUGAAAAACUAUAAACAAUUCUCUCUCUUCUUCUUCGGUCUUUUUUCACCCAGAACAAUACUUUUGACUGAUGGGGCUUUUGGAAUUUUUUUUGUUUUGUGUGGGGCUUUUUCAAACAUCUUGCUUGUUUAAAAUAUGCAUUCUUUGCUUCUCCCCCUUUCUUUUUUCUAUUGCUCAGAAGAAAAGACUUAAGGAGGUUGUUAUUUUUAUCUUGCUCUUCCACUCUUUGGGCUAGAUUUUCAUUAAAAUGUACAGGGAAAAUUGUCCAAAUUGACACAACUACACAUCAGAGAAAAUGGUGCAUUAAUUCCAAAUUGAAAAAGACCCCAUACAAGAGACAGUGGACUCUGUAGCCACACAGUCAUGCUGUCCUAUGUAUGGGGGCUAAUUUUCCAAGGAUGUGAACACCCACCAUCCCAAAUCAACAGGAACGGCAGCACCUUAGUAUCUAGCAAAAUCAGACAACUAUUGGGUAUAUUUUGCUUUCUUUGGAAUUAAGAGCAUUGACAUGCUGGUUUUACUUGCUAGCAAAUACUCUGAGGCUAGUUGUAUGUGCGUUGAUUGCCCAUCCUCACUUCAUCAAAGCAAAUAUUUAAGUUCCACUGAAGACAAUGCAUAGUUACACCUGCUUGAAAUGUGUGUGCAUUUUAUUGUUUGCAUGCCUGAUUUCUGCUUUUUACAGGUAAUAAUGGUGCACAACUUUUGAAAAUCUAGCCCACAGGGAGUUUUUAGAGGGCUCAUGCAAUAGUUUUAAAAUGUACAAUUUUGCUUUCGUAUGCAUUUAAACAGAAUAGCAAAAGGAGAAAUUGCUUGACAUAAUAUUGUUGCAGUGUGGCAACAUUGCUUUAGGUGAUCUCUAUAACUUUGUGCAGAACUUCCUUGCCAUGUUUGUACUGGCUUGCUGAAAAUUUCUUUAUUCUGGGAAAUUUCCCCAAACAGCAUCCUCUGUGAAAGUUUAUGGCUUCUACACAUUUAUUACUGUCAAGAUCACUUUGCCUGAAGUGGGUGUCAUACUGCAUUUUUGUUCUAUCAUUUGGGAGUUAUUUGCCUUGGUUAUUGUUCAUAUGGUUCUUACAUUUGUAUCUCUUAUUUUAUCAGUUGUGCAUCUCUCUUUUUUUGAAAAAAUAAUACCAGUUAGAUAUAUUUUAAAAUUAAAUUAUCAUUAAGCAGCUGGAUGUAUGUCAGUAGUACAGGAAUUUGAAGUCUUUUUGCUUCUUUCACUGUGGGGUUUAUGGAUACAUUUUGCCUAUAAUGGAGUUAUGCUCAAAGUCUUUCUGAAAGAAAAUGUAUGUAAUGUCUAUUUUAUAUAAAAAGAA